UUUGAAUAAAAGAAACACGGUAAAAUUUUGUUGAUUUGUGUUUCUCGUGAAUCCGAAUAAAAUGGGUAAAGGUGCAGGAUCACACCAUUAUUCACUGAAAAAUUUUGAAAGCGGGGAAAUUAUUAGAGCCAAAGCUUCAAAUUUGACUGUGAAAUUUAAAAAUAUGGUUGAGGUUGCAUCGGCGAUUCGUAAAAUGACCAUUGCUAGAGCUAAUGCUUAUCUGAAGAAUGUAUUGAAUCACACAGAAUGUGUACCCUUUAGAAGAUUCAAGAGUGGCAUUGGGAAAUGUCCACAAGCUAAGCAAUUUAAAAUCGUAAACGGUCGCUGGCCAAAAAACGCCGCAAAAUGCAUGAUAAAUUUGUUGAGGAAUGUAGCAGCCAACAGCGAGUUUUACGGCAAAGAUCCGGCAGACUACAUUAUCGGACAUAUUCAAGUGAAUCGUGCGGCUAUUAGAAAAAGGAGAACCUUCAGGGCUCACGGAAGAAUCAAUCCUUAUGCUCGUCACUUGAGUCAUGUUCAAGUCGUUCUUACUGAGAAGCCUGCUAAAAAAUAGUUUUGUCAAAAUUGUUGGGCAAACGUCCCGAAUAUUAAAUAUACCUCAGCGACCUUGGCAUGAACAUAGCACACACAUAUCUUAUGUUUUUCAGUUACAGGGUUUUCUAAUUUACUUGGCACUAAUGUUUCCAAUGUGCUGUUGUUGAUAACUUGUUACGUUGUUGAAUAAACCAUAUUUAAAAUCAUGUUGGCUCUUAAAAUUUUCGCAAAGAAAUUUUAUGUACGGAUAUUGCAC